UUUCUGGACUGGGUUCAUUUUAUAAGUAAUUAGUGUUUAUUUCGUCCUCCAGCCACUAGGUGGUGUUAUUUCUUUUGAGCAUUGGUGGUUAUGUGACCCUUUUUAGGAAGUCUUUUGCUGAGUCAGACCAGUAUUGGCAUGGCAUUGUGAGCAGCAGCAUGUUAAUUUGUCUCCUCUUGAAAUCACUUUAGAAGCAUCGUUUUUUUACACCUUAUUACAUGCAGUCAGUUGAAUAAAUUGGAUAAAUUUGAACAGCGUGUGAUGGGAGUCAUCUGUCUGUCUAAAUGAAGAAGGGGAACUCUUUAUUGAGGGCAGAACAGUAAAAAAACGCACUCCAGUGAUUUCUACUGCAGUGAGGAAGAUAUCCAGCCUGUUCACAUAUCGGUUUCAAGAUGUCAUCACCGGCAGGAAAGACAUUUGAAACAAGGUCAGAGUGCUCACACUCAUCAAGGACAUCUAAGUCAUCGAGGCACUCAGUUUGAUUUGCAGCUAGCUUGGCUGCAUUGGAGGCACGUGCUAAGGCUGAAGCUGCACGUAACAGAGCAUCUUAUACACAAAGGGAGAUCGAUCUUAAAGUAGAGAAGACACGUCUCGAAGCCACAUUGGAGGCCAUACAGCAGGAGAAAGAGGCUGAGGCCGCUUGUGCUGAAGCGAAUGUAUUGGAAUCAGCAGUAGAUUCGGCAGCUAUGGAAGAGCUUGCCCGGUCUCACCAAGGCUCAUCAUAUCAUUCAGUUGAGAGAACAAACAGAUAUGUUCAAGAACAGUAUGCCUAUGUGAAAGCUGAGGAGCCAACAUAUGAUCCGGAACAGGAGAAAAUGGCCGAUUUCACACCUUCAGCAGCUGUUCGCCUCAAGACAGCUGAUGAUUCUAAUCUGCAUAAUGAGCCACCUAGUCAAUGUGAAAUGCAACAUUUGUCUACGAAAACCACAAUUUCUGCUGCAACAGCUGCUAAUGCAAAGCAGACGCCGGUAAAAUUUACAUUGAAAGGAGAAGAUGCAUUUCAUGCACCACAGCCAGCAUCUGAAGCGAGGAGGCCAUGGACAUCCAGACACGAUUUAGCGUACGACAACUGUUCUCGUGUAGGAGAAUGCAGUUCAAACGCAUCGGUCCUCGGAAAGUUCCUAGCCCGCCGUAAACUGCUUACAGCUGGACUCACCAAGUUCGACGACAAGCCUGAAAACUACUGGGCUUGGAGAUCUGCUUUCUCUAACGCCACUGAAGACCUGGGUUUGAAUCCUAGUGAGGAACUCGAUCUGCUAAUUAAGUGGCUCGGACCAGAGUCUGCUGUGCAUGCGAGGAGAGUGAGGUCUGUUCGCAUCAACCACCCUGGUGAGGCCCUCAGCAUGGUCUGGCAGAGAUUAGAGGAGGUUUAUGGAUCGCCAGAGGCCAUGGAGACAGCCCUCUUUGGCAAGCUUGAACGUUUCCCCAAGGUCUUAAAUAAAGAACCAAAGCGGCUGUGGGAGCUGGGUGACCUCCUCUUGGAAAUCGAGGCAGCUAAAGAGGAUGGAUACCUGCCUGGUCUGAGGUACCUGGACACGGCGCGAGGCAUUAACCCGAUCUUGGAGAAACUGCCGUUCAACUUGCAGGAGAAAUGGAUGGUGCAUGGUACGAAGUAUAAAGAGAGGCAUAACACCAACUUCCCACCCUUCUCCGUGUUCGCCGACUUCAUUCGUGCAGAAGCAAAGAUGAGGAACGACCCGAGCUUUGCUGCUACAGCCCACAGCAAUAUACCACCUAAAGGGGAGAAAUUCUCGUCGAAAUCAGUUAAAACCGCUAUAGCUGUGUAUAAAACGGAGGUGGAUAAUUCUGCCAAGGGGAAUGAGACCAAGGGCUCAGACAAUAUAAAGAACCAGUGCCCUAUACAUAAAAGGCCACACCCCCUACCAAAGUGCAGAGCCUUUAGAGCAAAACUACUGGAUGAGCGUAAGGCCUUCCUUAAGGAGAAUGGCAUAUGCUUCCGUUGUUGUUCCUCAACCUUCCACCAAGCUAAGGACUGCAAGGCUAUCAUUCAGUGCUCAGAAUGCAACAGUGAUAAGCACAUUGCAGCCCUUCAUGCCGGUCCUGCACCAUGGUCGACAAAGCCAGCUAGCGGCCCUUUAGAAGAGCAUGGCGGGGAGGGAGAGGAAUCCACUUCUGCUUCAGUGACCACCUCUCUUUGCACGGAGGUCUGUGGAGACAGUACAAUUACCAAGUCAUGUUCCAAAAUCUGUCUGGUUGAUGUAUAUCCUAAAGACCAACCUGAGAAGAAGGCAAGAGCAUACGCAAUCCUAGAUGACCAGAGUAAUAGGUCGCUAGCGAGGUCAUCCUUCUUUGAGAUGUUUGACAUAGCUGACAACACUUCUCCCUACACACUCAAGACUUGUGCGGGUGUGUCAGAGGCAGCAGGCCGCAGAGCAAGGGGGUUUGUUGCGCAGAUAACUGAUGGGAAAUCCAGUCUAGCUCUGCCUACACUCAUCGAGUGUGACCAACUUCCUGAUCAUCGGGCAGAGAUUCCCACGCCAGCUGCUGUGAAGUACCAUCCGCACCUGAAGUCACUUACCUCUAAGAUACCUCCUCUUGACCCUAAGGCUGAGAUCUUAUUUCUUCUAGGAAGAGACAUUAUUCAGGCACACAAGGUCCUUGAACAGCGAAAUGGCCCUCCGAACGCUCCCUUCACCCAACGGUUAGCCCUUGGUUGGGUGAUCGUAGGGGAUGUGUGCAUGAACGGUGCACACGUGCCCUCUCCUGUCAAUACCUACAGGACAUACGUACUUGACAACGGUCGUCCAAGUUUUAUGUGUCCCUGUCUCAAUAAAAUUGAAAUCAAAGAGAAGCUCAACCACACUUGCCAGUCCCAGUAUCCAUCAAUCUCAGAACAGCUGUCCUUGUCAAGUGACAAAAUGCGACUCAUGGGGGAGUCCAUCUUCUGCCACACAAAGGACGAUGAAAAGACAGCUCCAUCCAUGGAAGAUCUUGCCUUCUUGAAGAUUAUGGAGAAGGAACUGAUACAGGGUGAUGACAAUAGCUGGCAGGCUCCACUACCUUUCCGCAGUCCACGGCAGUGUCUCCCUAACAACCGUGAACAGGCGAGGACUCGUCUCGCCACAGUCACCAAGACGCUCAGGAAACACCCAGAGAGGAGAGAACAUUUUACUGCGUUCAUGAGCAAGCUCUUCGAGAAUGGACAUGCUGAAGUGGCACCACCUUUACCACCAGAUCAGGAGUGUUGGUAUCUACCUUUCUUUGGUGUAUAUCAUCCUCAGAAGCCUGGACAGGUGAGGGUGGUAUUUGACUCCAGCGCGCAACAUCAAGGGGUGUCCCUUAAUGAUGUCCUCCUCACAGGCCCAAACAUGAACAACAGUUUGCUCGGGGUACUGCUGCGGUUUAGGAGGGAGCCAGUGGCGGUGACAACUGACAUUCAGCAGAUGUUCCACUGCUUUGUCGUACGUGAGGACCAUCGGAACUUUCUGCGCUUCCUUUGGCAUCGCAAUAACGACCUGGAUGACGACGUCAUUGAGUACAGGAUGUGCGUGCACGUCUUUGGAAAUAGCCCAUCACCAUCUGUGGCCACAUACGGGCUCCGAAGAGCUGCUGCAGAGGGAGAGAAGGAGUACGGUAUAGAGGCAAGGCUGUUCGUUGAAAGGAAUUUUUAUGUAGACGAUGGCCUUUUGUCUGUUCCUUCGGAGGAGGAAGCCAUUACUCUUCUUCAUGACACUCAAGACAUGUUGGCUCUCUCCAACCUCCGGCUUCACAAGAUCUUGUCAAACAGGGUGGCUGUGAUGAGAGCCUUCCCUCCUGACGAUCUGGCUAAGGGGAUGAAAGAUCUGGAUCUCAGCACAGAUCCCCCUCCCAUGCAAAGGAGUUUAGGAGUGAGUUGGGACAUUUCAGAAGAUGUAUUUACAUUCCAAGUUGCUGAGGCAGAGAAGCCUUACACAAGACGUGGGGUCCUGUCAACUGUAAACAGUUUGUUCGACCCAUUUGGCUUCGCUGCCCCUGUAAGCAUUCAAGGAAGGUCCAUCCUGAGGGAGCGCACCACAGAGUCAUGUGACUGGGAUGACCCUCUCCCUGAGGAAAGGUACAGAGAAUGGAAGCUGUGGAGGGAUUCUCUGCAGGAGCUUCAACAGCUCAAGAUCCCACGCCAAUAUACAUCCAUGUCUCUAAGUCAAGCAAGCAGUAAGGAGCUGUGUGUAUUCUGUGAUGCUUCCACAACGGCCAUAGCUGCUGUUGCCUACGUGAGGACAAUCGAUGCAAGUGGCAGUGUGGAGGUUGGUUUCGUCUUAGGCAAGGCUUGCUCCACGUCCAGCAACGACGGUUCCAAGGCUCGAGCUGUGUGCUGCGGUCCUGGCUGUAGAGAUAGCAGACAUGAUUGUGGAUGAGAUAGAUGCCAUCUUUGACACCAUGACCUUCUACUCAGACAGUAAGGUUGUCUUAGGCUACAUCCACAAUGAGUCCAGACGAUUUUACGUCUAUGUGAGCAACAGGGUGCAGCGCAUUAGGAGGUCAACAAGCCCUAAGCAAUGGAAGUACGUGCCCUCCGGCCAGAACCUGGCUGACCAUGGCUCACGAUCAGUCUCAGCAGGCAGCCUGACAAAACACCACAUGGCUGAGCGGACCACCCUUUCUGUUGAUGUCAACUGACAUGGAACCUGCGCCUAGUUUUUUCAACUUGGUGGAUCCUGGCUCUGACUCCGACGUCCGCCCACAUGUCACUUGUAAUCUCAACAUGGUUAUCAGUGACAAGCUUGAUCCUAUGCAUUUUGAGAGGUUUUCCAGCUGGCGGUCACUUAAUCGGGCAGUAGCUAGGCUUGUACACAUUGCCCACUCCUUCACGCAGGGGAACAGCUGCAAGGGUUGGCACAUCCAUGAACAGCCCUGUCCUACAGAAGAUUUGGAGAGAGCAAGAAACGUCAUAAUACGGGCUGUCCAAGAAGAUGCCUUCGUGGAGACAUUAGAAUGCAUCCGGGGAGGGAUUCUUAAACAAAGUCCACUCUUCAGCCUAUGUCCUUACCUGGAUAGUGCUGGAAUUCUCAGGAUUGGUGGAUGCCUGUCCAAGGCAAAACUGGAUGGAGAAGAGAUUAGCCCUGUGAUCCUGCCUGGACAGGGUCAUGUCACAACGUUGCUCAUCUGGCACUAUCACGAGCUAGUCCAGCACCAAGGGCGUCACCUCACUGAGGGCGCUUUGAGAGCAGCAGGCCUGUGGAUUAUUGGGGGGAAACGGCGCAUCAGCAGUGUCCUUCAUCACUGCGUCACAUGCAGAAAACUACGAGGAAAACUGGAGGUCCAGAAGAUGGCUGACUUGCCUGUGGACCGCCUCAGCGCAGAUCCUCCUUUCUCAUUCGUGGGGGUGGAUGUCUUUGGACCAUGGAUGGUCGUAGCACGACGGACUAGAGGAGGACUGGCCAGCAGCAAACGAUGGGCAGUGCUUUUUACGUGUAUGACCACCAGAGCCAUACACACAGAAGUACUAGAGUCGAUGGACUCCUCGAGUUUCGUCAACACCUUACGACGGUUUUUCUCAGUCAGGGGACCAGCCAAACAGAUCAGGAGUGAUUGCGGCACCAACUUUGUCGGGGCUUGUAAGGAGUUGCAAAUGGAGUCUGUAAGCAGUGACAAGAAGGUGCAAGGAUUUCUCAGUGACAGUGGGUGUAAGUGGGUCUUUAACCCUCCACACUCGUCACAUAUGGGGGGCAGUUGGGAGCGGCUAAUUGGACUGAUAAGGCGAAUUCUGGACGCGAUGUUGUUGAAAGUUGGUCCAGCAAAGCUCACACAUGAAGUCCUGAUAACAUUUAUGGCUGAGGUCUCAGCUAUCUUGAACGCCCGUCCGCUUGUACCUGUGUCCACAGACCCCGACUCCCCAUUCAUCCUGACACCAGCAACACUUCUUACACAGAAGGUCAGUGCCCUUCCUCCUCCUACGGGUGAAUUUGAUGAGAAGGACCUCUACGGCAAGCAGUGGAGGCAGGUCCAAAGCCUCGCCAACACUUUUUGGCAUCGGUGGAGGACUGAAUACCUCCCCACCCUACAGAGGCGGAGGAAAUGGGUAAGAGAAAAACGAAAUCUGAAGGAAGGGGAUAUCGUCCUACUGAAAAACGACCAGGUGCAGAGAAACGACUGGCCAGUGGGCCUCAUCGCCAAGAUCUUCCCAAGUGCAGACGGGAGGGUGAGGAAGGUGGAGGUCAAGACUACCAAGGAUGGUUCGAGCAAGACCUUUCUGCGGCCUGUCUCAGAGGUCAUCCUACUCCUCUCCCCAGAGACUGAUUAGACUUGAUAGUUUGUAAUUUCCCAUGUUAAAGGUGGCAUCUUUUUAGAUACCAGGCGGGGAGUGUUCUGGACUGGGUUCAUUUUAUAAGUAAUUAGUGUUUAUUUUGUCCUCCAGCCACUAGGUGGUGUCAUUUCUGGACUGGGUUCAUUUUAUAAGUAAUUAGUGUUUAUUUCGUCCUCCAGCCACUAGGUGGUGUUAUUUCUUUUGAGCAUUGGUGGUUAUGUGACCCUUUUUAGGAAGUCUUUUGCUGAGUCAGACCAGUAUUGGCAUGGCAUUGUGAGCAGCAGCAUGUUAAUUUGUCUCCUCUUGAAAUCACUUUAGAAGCAUCGUUUUUUUACACCUUAUUACAUGCAGUCAGUUGAAUAAAUUGGAUAAAUUUGAACAGCGUGUGAUGGGAGUCAUCUGUCUGUCUAAAUGAAGAAGGGGAACUCUUUAUUGAGGGCAGAACAAAGAGCAUCACAUGAAAAAGUCAAGGGUCCAAUAAACAGAGAUUUGAAGAA